AUGAACAGAUUGGAGAACUGUGAUCUAGAUGAUGACAACAUCACCGAGUACCAACCUCCACACCAAAUACCAAUUGCCGUGGGUAGGCAGCAAAAUGGGUUAGAACCUGGACAAGCACCACAACCACCACAAUUGUACACAACUCGAAGCGGUCGUGCUUGUCGUAAACCAGAAAGAUUUCAAGCCAACUAA